CGCCUCUGUGAUUUUAGCCGUCAAGCUGAGCCACCAAAGAAGGAGGCUGCUGCUGCAGGGCCGCAGGUGAAGCGAGCAGACGAGUGGAAGGACCCUUGGCGCCGGUCCAAGUCUCCCAAGAAGAAACUCGGGGUGUCUGUCUCCCCUAGCCGGGCACGAAGGCGUCGGAAAACAUCAGCCUCAUCGGCCUCUGCCUCCAAUUCCUCCAGGUCAUCGUCUCGGUCGUCCUCGUACUCCGGCUCCGGGUCCUCCCGCUCCCGCUCCCGCUCCUCCUCCUACAGCUCUUACUCCAGCCGGUCCUCCAGACACAGCUCGUUCUCAGGCAGCCGGUCCAGGUCCCGGUCCUUUUCCUCGUCCCCCUCCCCGUCUCCAACGCCUUCCCCGCACAGACCUUCUGUUAGAACCAAGGGGGAGCCGGCUCUGCCUCCUGGGAAAGCAGGAGAGAAGUCCGUGAAGAAGCCAGUCCCACCUCCAGCCCCACCACAGGCCCCCAAAACCACUGCUCCAGCCCCCGAGCCCGCCAAGCCGGGAGACCCUCGGGAAGCCCGGAGGAGGGAGCGGCAAGCUAGGAGCCCCCCCAGGAGGCGGACCAUCAGCGGCAGCGGCAGCGGCAGCAGCUACAGCGGCUCCAGCUCCAGAUCCAGGUCCCUGAGCGUGAGCAGCGUCUCCUCGGUGUCUAGCGCCACGUCAAGUAGUAGCUCGGUGCACAGCGUGGACUCGGACGACAUGUACGCAGACCUGGCCAGCCCCGUGUCCUCAGCAAGUUCGCGGUCCCCCACCCCAGCCCAGACCAAGAAGGAGAAAGGAAAGUCUAAAAAAGAAGAUGGGGUUAAAGAAGACAAGCGGAAAAGGGACUCGUCCGCACAGCUGCCCAAGUCCUCAAAGCCUUCUGCCGGCAGUAAACCCCAGCAGCCCAUGGCCCCCCAGCAGGGGCCCCCCGGGCAGCCCCAGCAGGGCACGUUUGUCGCCCAUAAGGAGAUCAAGCUGACGCUCUUGAACAAGGCGGCCGAUAAAGGAAGCCGGAAGCGCUACGAACCCUCGGACAAAGACAGGCAAAGUCCUCCUCCGGCCAAGCGGGCGAACUUAUCCCCAGACCGAGGUGAGCUUCCCACCCCCGCAGGGCCCAGCGGGGCAGAGGGGCCGGGACCCCGUGUGCGCUUCAUUUUGGGCCCCACGGAGCCAGCGCUGGGGUGGUUCCAGCCAUCAAUGUUAAGGUUUUAGAAGUUAAAACUCGGGGGAAAAAGGUCAAUGUUUGCUAAUGGUAAAAUAACAUUAUUAUGUUACAUAAAAUGUAUUAUGUUACAUAAAAUACAUUCGUUACAUGUUACAUAAAAUAACAAGUAUUAUAUUUUAACACAAAUAACAUUUCUUAUGAAAAGUAACCACAUUUCCGUGAACAAAAACCGGGAGGGUCAUUAUUCUUGGAAAACGUCUCCAGUGUCUGGCUGACAGACGGCGGCUCGGUCCUCCGUGACGGCA